AAGGAGAUCAGGGCAUAGACACUUUAAGAUGAUACAUGGAUCGAGCUGCAGUACCAGAUCAAGAAACGCCGCGAAACAGAGACAGCAUUGAGCAGGGAGAGUCAGGCAUCUGAAGUCGACAAAUGAGCCUCUGCCUGUUGCGUGUUUUUGUCUUCCCAUCUGGAGUUUCGCGUCUUUUCUGUCGUGGGACUGACUCAACGGCCACAAUCGCGUACACUGCGUAGACCGCGAAGGAGCUCAUUGAAGGAAGGGCCCGUACAGAGAAUCAUGGCGCCAUCCACAAUAUCAAGCGGGCGGGUGUUGGACCUCACAGGCAAGAUGUCCAAUAACGACAAGGAUUUCCGCUACAUGGGCCUCAAUGACCUUCUUGCUGACUUGACGCAAAUGACGGGCCAGUUGGACGAUCACUCAGCAUCUAGACUGGUGGAUGCGGUGCUCAAAACUCUAGAAGACCCGAAUGGCGAGGUUCAAAAUAUGUCCGUGAAAUGUCUUGGUCCACUCAUCAAGCACAGCAAUGAGAUUUACAUUCAAACCAUUGUCAACCGCUUGUGCAAGACCGAUGGCGCUGAAGCGCUCAAAGAUAUCAGUGCAACUGCUCUACGGACAGUCAUCUCAGAGCUGUCUCCAAACAGUUCUCUCGCCAAUAGCAUCACCACCAAGUUGACACCAAAGUUGGUGACGCAACUCGAGCAUCCAGAAGACAAGUCGGAUUUGCUACUAGAAUCCAUUGAUGUACUACAAGAGCUGCUAAGUCGAUUCGGCAAGCAGGUGGAGCAGCUGCCUGAAUCCCUCUUGACGCGCAUAGUCCACGCAUUGGUCAAGCUGCUCGACAAUUCAAGACCGGCAGUCAGGAAGCGCUCAAUCAUGGCGCUGGGUUUGCUCUCCAUCCAUCUUCCUACAUCAGCUCACGAUCGCUUUAUGAGUGAGCUUGUUGAGCUCUUGCCUCUGGCAAAGUCAAACGAAAAAGUCAAGACUUUACUGGGUCUGCUCGGUCAGAUAUCAAGAUCAGAAGCGCACCUGCCUCAGCCUGCGCGUCGAUUCAGCAGCUUUUUGCAAACACUUGCAACGCCAGUCUUGUCAACGCUCUCUAUUGAUGACGACGAACUCAGAGAAACGGCAUUGCUCAGUUGUGAGGCCUUUGUGCUCGGUGGCGGACCACAGAUUCGCAAAUUCGACGCCCAAAUUUUGGAGGCAUGCUUCACCUACAUCAAGUAUGACCCAAACUAUUCUUAUGAUGAAGACGAUGCAGGUGAUGAUGAUAUGGAUAUGGAUGAUGCCGAUGAAGGGAGUGAUUUCGGCUCGAACUACGAUAAAACCUACUCGGAUGAUGAUGAUGUUUCUUGGAAGAUCCGCAAAGGCUCAGCCAAGUUGUUGCGCGCUCUAAUCUCGACCCGACCAGACAUUGUCAAGAGCUCUGGCUCGCAAAUUGCAUCUGUGCUCAUUUCACGCCUCAAUGAGCGAGAAGAAACUGUUUGUUUGGAAAUCAUUUCUACAUUCGCAGCACUCAUUGACUUGGAGGCCGGUACCCCUGCAACGCGUGCUGGCUCGCCUUCUCGCAAACGAGCGAGAGAGAGCGACACAGAGAUGGAGUCGGACCCGAAAACGUUGCGUGCAGCUGUUGCACAGUCCAUUGGCAAGAUCAAGAAGCACCUCUUGCAGCAAAUCAAUGGCAAGUCAGUCUCAACAAAAGUGGCUGCCUUUAAUGCUCUUGCUGCAUUGGCACGCUCGAAUGAGAUCAGUCUCGAGCCAAGUCUACACUCGAUGCUAGGCCCAACAAAGCAAGCCUUGGCAAGUGCUACAAGCGGUCACAACGCGGCUGCUGGGCUCGCACUCAAGCUUGCGGCUCUUGAUUUCACCCAAGCUCUGAUAGAUCACGCCUCCAUCAGCAGCAUCACGGCUAAUAUGGAGAUGCUCAGCAGUCUCCUGACCGACACACUCGAGGCAGAGACGCUCUACAAGGUGGCCUCUACAGCGCUGCAGUCAAUAUUGUCACUGCUUGUGAUUGUUGCAAGACAUGGUGAUAUCAAUGCCCACACCACGCUAUUCUCCUGCAUCCUGCAAAAGACAAAGUCAGAAGCGCUCGAUCAUGAAUUGCGCGAUCAACUGAUCAAGGCGCUUGGUACGGCCAUGGCGCAUCUUCCAGCGGGUGCGUCGAGUUCGUUAAUGGCAGACGCAGCUGGACUUCUCUUGCAGCGAUUACAAUCUGAGCCGACGCAACUUGCAGCGACUCAAGCGAUUGCUGAAGCUGCCAAUGCACAAGUUGCAGUGCUGCAAACAGAUUGGGCCUCCCAAGUCGUACGGGUCAUCACACCCUUUGCGCGCAAUAUGAGUGAUAAAAGUCUUCGAGCUGCAGCCCUGACUGCUCUGCCGUUACUACUUCCUCGUGCUGCUAGUCUACUUGAAGAAGCCGUCGUGCGGGACUUGACAUCCUCGAUGAAUCAUCUGCUCAAGUCUGGCGAUGCUCAAGUCUUGCCAUCCGCUGUCCAGGUCCUUGGGUCGUUGGCACUCAAUACACAGGGCCCGUUGCAGCAGCUCGUGCAAAAGGAGACAUUACCCGUUGUCCUGGGAUUGAUUGAUUUGCCAGCUGUGCAAGCUAGGGGUCCAGCAUUGGAAGCAGUCCUGUUAUACUUGUCGUCCGUGUCGCUUCAGGGUGAGGCGGUCGCCGUGAUCGCCAGUCUGUCAUCCAACCUCAAGGACAAGAAUUUGCCGAUCCUUGGUCGCUGUAUUGCGGCUUGCUUGCCUCUGGAGAAGGAUGCGCUCGCUACACACAUCAAGGCGAUUCAAGCACCCAAGACACCGGAGGAAGAGCGCGCUUUGGCACUAUAUAUUGUUGGUGAGUAUAGCUCAAAAGCAGCAGUCGACAAGAAUGUGGCGGAUCUCGUCUUGACACAAUUCAGCUCUCCCUCUGAAAAAGUCAAAGCCGGCGCUGCUUUUGCCUUUGGAAGCUUGGCUGCACGCGACAUGGACAGCUACUUGCCUGUUCUCUUUAAGGAACUUGGCAAGAGUUCUUCAGAUCACUUUUUACUGGCUGUAUCUCUCAAUGAGGUGAUUGCGCAUAAUGAGCAUGGCGACAGGGUGGAAGUGUUGUUGUCUCACAGCGACGCCAUUUGGGAGCGACUGUUUCGAGCAGCAGACGAUGAGCGUGCCAAGGCAACUCUCGCAGAAUGUGUGGGCAGACUGACCUUGCUCCGCCCAUCACGAUUCCUUCCUCAACUACAAACACAGAUGCGCUCAGAAGAGACGAGUAUUCGAUCGGUUGUCAUUCGCGCCGUUCGGCAUACAUUCACGGCUGCGAGUCACGAUGUAGUGUUUGAUGACUUGCUGAGACCUUUUGUGGUUGACUUUUUGUCCAUGAUGGAGGACUCUGACUUGGAGAUUCGACGGCUGGCGCUCAGUACACUCUAUUCUGCAGCUUUCCACAAACCGCAGCUGGUUCACGAUCACAUUGGACGACUGCUACCCCUACUGUACAAGGAGACGAGCAUCAACAAGGAUCUGGUGCAUGUUGUUCAGAUGGGGCCCUUCAAGCAUACGGUGGAUGAUGGAUUGGUGUUGCGCAAGAGUGCCUUUGAGACGUUGCAUACGCUGUUGGAUUCCUUCUUUUCAGUCAAUGAGAUGCAAGGCAUCUACACAGUUAUCUUGACUGGACUGGAUGAUGUGCAUGAAAUCAAAAUGCUCAGCUACCUGAUGCUUUCGACCUUGGCGAGCAAGGAUCCCGAGGGCGUGCAGCAGCAUCUCGAGCAAGUCACUGCCAAGAUGGUCAAGGUGAUGGCAGCAAAGACAAAGGAGAAUGCCGUCAAGUCUGAUCGCGAGAAGGAUGCUGAGAUUAAGCGAAGUGUCAUGCGUUGUGCCGUUGCGCUGAAGGACGUGGCGGGCCCCAGUACGCCGGCCUUUGCGGCCUUUUGGCAGGAUAUGCAAGCGACGAGGCAGGGCGAGAUUGAGAGUCUCUCGCAGGAGCUCCGGGGUGUCCUGUAGCUCAGGACUCCAUCAAGUAGCUUUAUACUCAAUACCACACGUGAUUGAUUGCCUGGCUGACGAGACAAAGACACCACACACGACCAGGUCACUUGUGAGACUGGCAGGGAAAGGCCAUGUCGCUCUUUGGGGAUGAGAAUGAAGGCAGCAACGGCGCAUCGAGGAUUGGAUCUUCUUCCCGGCUCAACUCGGCGUCAAAGGCGCGGACAAACAAUAGCAGCAGCGGUCUAUUUGGCGAUGACGCCGAUCCAUGGAGUA